ACACUAAAAAUUUCCCACCCAAUAUACCCAAAGCGAACUCUGAAGGAAAAUGUAGCACCGUCGCCCACUUUCUUCAUCUUGGGUUAAUAUCUCUAUUCAAAAUGAAGCUCAUCACUGUCAACUUCCUGACCUGUGCUGUGAAGGGGUGCAAAACAGCAGCAGCAUCAUAUCCGCUACAUUUUCGAGAUGCUGAAUUAGAAUUGCAGGAACUGGAGUUCCAGCCAGAGUUCAUACUCAAUAUUAUUCCUCGGAUUGAUUGGGAAGGGCUGCGAGUCAUGGCAAAUGAGCUCGGUUUUCCCAAAAUCCCAGACACCAAGCCGGAAGGUGAUGCGCUUAAUGAUGAGCAGCUUCUAAAAGAACUCCACAGGCUCUUGUUAGAAACACAGGUUAUUGAAGGAAGAUUGUGUUGCGGAAAUUGUGGCCAUGAAUAUAUGAUCAAGGAGGGAAUCGUUAACUUUCUUCUUCCCAGUCAUUUGGUCUAAAUGCAUGAAGGUGAACAUUUGUUACCUUCCGUCAAUCGGCUUUGCAUCUACCGAUACUGCCUGCCAGCCGGCUGUCAACUCUACGUAAUUAAAGGAUCGCAAGUUACUUUGGAACAUGAAGUUCCACGAACUCUUUGCAGCUGGUCAACUCAUAUCAUGAGAAACGCACUUCGUUGUCAUAAAAUACAAUCCUACCAGCCGGAUGCUGGUCCUUCUCUCGACCAAUUCCAAAUGAACGCCGUCAGACUAAUGCAUCUAUCUAUAGAUG